AAUGAAUAGUUGAAGGUUCACCUUAAAAAGAACAGUCUAUGUGUAUCCUUUCGUUUCCCCUAUUUCAUUCCUUUUGCUGCAACUCUUCUAAAUUUCUUCAUAUGUACUUUUCCCCCACCGUUUUUCAAUCGAUCAAAACCCUUUUUCAUUCAAACACUUCGCUAAAAUGGGUAAGUGGAAUUAUCGAAGAACAUGGAGACCCAAAAAUUAUUAUCGCAAUCAAAGAAUACCAUCUCCACCUACCUAUUACGAAACUGAAUUCAAAUUUCGAGGAGCCUGGAAAAACGUUGACUUGCCAUGGGAGGAAAGAUUCUGCCUUUCAGUAGGAAUACCAUGGGAGAAAGUUGUCAACGCUAAAGACGACCUACACAUCUACGACAACGUGUCGAAAUGGAACGAUUCAGCUGGCGAAUCAGCCUUUUUCGAGGCCAAAAAACGAUUCUGGGCACUAAUUAACGACAUCCCUACGGAUAUCCCACAGCCGGAUCCAGACAUGUAUAAUGAAAAAAUCGAUUGGAAUACAGAAAUCGAUUCUGAGUUGGUGAAGGAAUUAGAUCUAGCUUAUUUUAAUCCCGACGAAGCGGAGAAGUUAGAAAGUUAUAACGCGACGAAGCGAAAUGACGGUUUGAUCCCUGGAUGCAUUAUAGGAUUGAAGUCAUUGAACGAUGUCAAUUCUUGGGAAUGUAACAAAAAUGAUGAUCGGGAUUGUUUAAAUAAGUCUAAAAAUAAGAAUAUUUCCGACCCGUGGGAACGAGGAAUUACUAAUGACGAUAGAGAAAUAAAAGACGCAUGGGACGGUGGUGCAAAUAGCGCGUGGAAUAAAAACGCUACAUGGGGAAAUGAUGCAAGAAACGCGGGAAAUAACGAACCCACAUGGGGCAUUGGUGCAACUAACUCAUGGCAUUACAAUCAAUACCGGGUACAAAGAGUAGAUGGUAAUUCUAAAAAUACAUGGGGUCCUAACGAAACAGGAUGGCAAAACAGUAAAUAUAAUUACGCCAGCACUUCACGUGGGACACAGCAACAUCAAGGUUCAAAUAGACAACAAAGGGGAAAUUACAGGGAUUUUACUUCUUUUGGUAGGGGGUCAAAUGAUUGCAGAAAACGAGAGGGUGGUUACGAGUAUACAAGUUACAAAAGUGCUCGAGUUCAAUCGGAUGAUUACAGGAGAAGUAAUCAGAACUGGAGGUAACAGUUAAUAUAGUUGGUUUUUGGUGGUAAUUGGUUUAUGAUCUAUUAUAUAUGAAUUAAAAGAAUUCUUGCCAUGUGUAACCUGUGCUCCUUUUUGUUAGCUUUUUUUAGGCAAGAUACUGUAAUCUUUUUUGUUACACAAAAUGUUUUGAAUCAGUAUGUAUACGCCGUGUUAUGUCGACAUUUUAUCCAUGUAAGACGACGGGUUAUGAAUAGGUUGGUCGUUUGGCAUUC